UCUGCGUUCCACGGGGACGUGCUGCGCGCAACCGUCAGUUUCGAAUCGGUUUGAGAAUACUUUUCUCCCCGCGGAAGUGACGGCAAGGCGGCUCGCAGUUCGAUUCCGGAUUUGCUAUAGACUGCAAGCAGUUUUCAUGUUGACGUUUGUUUGUUUUCCGUCAUUAUUUUUCUUCAGAUACCACGGAGCAAAUACGCGCACGAAUUACUGCUUUCAAAUUGCAAUGGCCUAAAGUUUUUAGUCAAGGGUUCAAUCAAGGUGGUGGUCAGCCUACCGAGCGAGCUAGCUACUAGCUUGUCAGCGAGACGAGCUGCGUGGUAUAUUCUGACCAUAGCUAGCCAGAUUGGCAUUGGAUAGCAGUCAUCGUGCUAGAGUAACUAGCUACUUCUGUUUUAGCUAUUGUUUUUAUCACACAAUUAUUCUGCUACACAAUGCCAAUGCAUUCCAAUCGAUGAGAGUUGUGCAGCAAGCGUGCAGAGGCUCUCACACGUUUGCUUGGUCUAGUUUGGUUGAUUUGGACGCAUUUGGUUCGUUUUGGAGAGGUUGUAGCGAAAGUAUACCGAUUCGACUCUUCGAAGCCUAGGCCGAACCAAAUUGGUCAACUUUGUUGAGAGGGCUGGCUUGUAGUCCCUUCAAUAUCCUGUUCCUGUGUGGGUCCCCGUGUGGUCGCCGACAUGCUGAAGACCCGACAGUGUCUACUUGGCAUCCGCACUUUCCUAGGUGUAACGUCCAGAAUAUGGGGCUUCUUCUUGUACAUUCUCAGGAAGCACCUACGCACGGUUAUCCAGUACCAGACAGUGCGGUAUGACACUUUACCCCUGUCCCCUAUCUCCAGAAACAGACUCAAUGCAGUAAAGAGGAAGAUUCUGGUGCUGGAUCUAGAUGAGACGCUGAUCCACUCUCACCACGACGGGGUCCUCAGACCCACAGUGAGACCCGGCACACCACCAGACUUCAUCCUCAAGGUAGUCAUUGACAAGCACCCUGUCAGAUUCUUUGUACAUAAAAGGCCGCACGUCGACUUCUUUUUAGAAGUGGUCAGCCAGUGGUAUGAGCUAGUAGUGUUCACAGCCAGUAUGGAGAUCUAUGGCUCGGCAGUGGCAGACAAGCUGGACAACAACCGGAACAUCCUGAAACGCAGAUACUACAGACAGCAUUGUACGUUGGAUCUAGGUAGCUAUAUUAAAGACCUGUCAGUAGUACACGACGACCUGUCUAGUAUCGUCAUCCUGGACAACUCGCCUGGAGCUUACCGGAGCCAUCCAGACAAUGCAAUACCUAUCAAGUCCUGGUUCAGUGACCCUAGUGACACAGCACUCCUUAACCUGCUGCCUAUGCUAGAUGCACUUAGGUUCACCGCUGACGUCCGGUCCGUCCUCAGUCGAAACCUCCACCAGCACCGGCUCUGGUGAUUGGCUUAUUCUGCAGGGAGGGUUUGGCUGAUUAGCCCUCUUUUUAAACCCCUUCCCCUUGCCGGCUCCCAUCGCUCCUCUGUUUCCACGCAGUGGACCUCUCCCCUCACCCCUCUCAGAAGGGGACAGAGGAGAGGAGAGGAGAGUCGCAGCAUAACAUGAAACCAGGGAUGAACAGAGUGAGAUCUGGAAGGCCAGGAAACGACUGGGGGGAAAGCCAGCUUUUCUUUUUCUUGUUUUCGCUUCUUUAUUUGUAUGUUUUUUUUUUUUAAACAAAAUGGAGUCUCAGCCUUACAGUUCCUGAUACUGACUCUGUAUGUACGCAUGGGGCUGCGUUUGUGUACGUUUAGUUGGGCGAAUGCUCACAUUUGUACAUCUUGCUAAACUUUUGACGUUACAAAAAGAGAAGGAACAGCAAGGCAACAAACGAGACGAACGAGACAAACGAGAAAGUUUCCACCUUUUGCUUCUUACCCUGGUCUCUGCACAACAAAAACAACAGCAAUGGCCUGUAAUUUUACACACUCUCUACUUGGUACUGGACUUUACUUCACUUAAGACAGCCAAGAGCAACCAGAAAGGAGAAAAUGGACAAUGAAAAGUUUUGAAUGGGGGGUUUUGGGGGAAUAUAGGCCCUAUCAAUCAAGGUCAUUCGUGUGUCAGGGGUUACCGAUGAUUGAGUUAAGACGUUCCACAUAACAGAUCUCUGGAUGAAUUAUAAAACAGUCUAAUUUGUUUUAUCAAAUGACUGACAUGAUCAUGUCUAUCUUGGAAGUGUUCCCCCAAAAAGGCUUGUAGGAUACAUCAAGAUGGAAGGAUGGACUAAAGAAGUUAUGAAAGAAAAUAAUGGUUAAAAAAAAAAGACUUAUUUGGAUGGUGGAACCUCACUCUUUAAAUUUCUCAUCUUUCAGUUACCGUGAUGUGUAUCGUAUGACCUGGACAUCUCCGUUAUUGCAAAUCUUAUGCCUGAUACCAUUUCUAUUUGAGAUUUGCACUUAAUUUCUGGAUUUUUUUUUCUUUUUCUGCUGCUGAUUUGAAGCAGAAUGAGCCACCUGAAUGUUUUACCUGCUCCCUUGACUGUAUUGGUACCAUUGUCCGCCACCUCUGUCUUUUCAAUGCCAUUUGAACAAUUUCAAACUUGUCAAGGUUCCAGUCAUGACUGCUUCUUUUUGAUUCAGUCCCCAGGUCUGUGUUACUAAUAAAACACUUGUCAGUGUCGACCACUUUUA